AAGGAUGGAGGAAGAGACGCCUGGUUCAUGGAGCCAGAGGGAAAGCGCCUGGACUCGAGGCCAUCCCACCCGUACCCAGCUGUAGGACUCUGACCCUGCUUUGCAAACACAGGCACAGAAGAGACGUUGCUGCUUUCUGUGGCCAGAAGUGAGCUGGGUCGAGAGAGCCUCUGGAAGAAGGAGCUUUCCAGGAACUGGGAAGCAUGGAGGCUUUGGAAGAUCUGGUGCAAGACCCCAGGUUCCCCCCAGAACUGAUCCAUUUGCUGAUUGCCAAUUUCAGCAUCCCGGCUGCCUGCUUCUCCAAACCACCAUCCAUACUGCAGCUGCUGCACCAGCAGAGCCUUAUAGAUCACUGCAUCAUCGGCAUGGUGACCUUCCUGACGCUGCUGUCUGUCGUCAUCUUCAUUGAAGAAGCCAUCUACCUCUCUAACAAAGUCCGCUGUUUCAUCAAGAUGAGAACUCUCAUCUGGAGCAGCUCAGCACCCACUGUGGUCUCGGUGUUCUGCUGUGUUGGGCUCUGGAUGCCCCGUGCAAUGGCGGUGGUGGAGAUGGCCAUUGCGUCGUACUUUGCUGUCUGCUUCUACCUCCUGAUGCUGGUCAUGGUCGAAGGCUUUGGGGGGAAGGAGGCCGUGAUCAAGGCCUUGAAGGACACUCCCAUGGUGAUCAGCACCGGGCCUUGCUGCUGCUGCUGCCCUUGCUGCCCCCGUGUCACCAUGACCAAACAAAAACUGAAGUUAAUGCUGCUGGGAACCUUCCAAUAUGCCUUCCUCAGAGCAGCUGCUGUCUUCCUGGGGCUAGUCCUGACCACUGAAGGCCUGUAUAACCCAGCGGAUAUUUCCGCCACCAGUGUGGCCCUUUGGAUAAACACUUUCCUGGGUGUGUCCACCAUCUUUGGUCUCUGGGCCCUGGGCAUCCUAUUUCGGCAAGCCAGAACACACCUUCGUGAUCAGAACAUAGGGGGCAAGUUUGCGACCUUCCAGGUUCUUCUCAUCCUGACAGCACUGCAGCCCUCCAUCUUCAGCAUCUUGGGCAAUGGGGGCCAGAUUGCCUGUUCCCCACCAUUCUCCUCCAGAGCACGGUCACAGCAGAUGCACACGCAGCUCCUGAUCCUAGAGACCUUCAUCAUGACGGUUCUGGCCAGGAUGUAUUACAGGAGGCCGGAUGACAAGGCUGGCUAUUACCCUACGGAGUCUCCAGAAAGCAAAACAGAGAUCAGCCUCUAAGCAGAACGGAGUGAGAAUGUGGACAGAGCUUCCGAAUCCACCAGGCAAUGGAGGCACAGAAGGGUCCUGCAGAUGUGUGUGCUUUGGAAUCUCAAGCAGAAAGACAACUUACCUCCCCAGCACGUCGUCUGCAGCUCCCUGUUUGAAGGGGAAAGGAGCAUGGAUUAGUGACAGGCACCUUACAUGGACAGGCCAUCUUAAUCCAUCCCUCAAGUGGGCAGACUUCAGGACGAUUGCCGUGGGCACAGCUAUUGUUAAAAUGCCAUCGGCAUAUGAAAUAAAUUGAACAGAGUCUUGAGAA